UUUCCGAUCUGAGAGGCUACCCAAUUUCCUAUAUAUGGUAAGGUUUGGUGUGUUUCUGCUCUGAGUUUGGAGAAGCAACAUUUGCACACCAAAAGUGGUGAAUUCUCUCGGUUCAUGCAACUGUUUGGUCUCCCCAUUCUCCCUCUCUGUUAGCUUUUGUGAACAAAAAUGCAAACUCUUCUUUCUCUGUCACACUCUCCUUCAACUCCACACUUUCCAAACUUCACACCAAGGCCAAAGUACCUUCCUCAACUCCACUCCUUCAAUACCUUCUCCUUGCCCCCAUCUUCUCCUUUGCACCUCACUGACACAAAGUCUCCACCUUUCUUCAUUUCUUCUCCCAAGCUUGCAUCUUUCAGGCUCCUUGCUGCUUCUAUCUCUGAUGCCAGAAGUGAUGAACCAGCCAAAGCUAGUGAGUUGGUUAAGACCCUGCAGCUAGGAGCCAUGCUUGCCCUUUGGUACCUCUUGAACAUCUACUUCAACAUCUACAACAAGCAGGUUCUGAAAGUCUAUCCAUUUCCAGCAACAGUUACAGCAUUUCAAUUUGGCUUUGUGUCACUGGUGAUUAAUUUAAUCUGGACUUUCAAUCUCCACCCCAGACCAAGCAUCAGAGGUUCACAGCUUGCAACACUCCUUCCACUGGCUCUGGCUCACACAUUAGGGAAUGUCUUGACCAACAUUAGUCUUUGCAAGGUUGCUGUAUCUUUCACUCACACAAUCAAAGCUAUGGAGCCUUUCUUUACUGUUCUUCUUUCUGCUCUUUUCUUGGGUCAGAUGCCUACUUUCUGGGUGUUUUCUUCCCUUAUACCAAUAGUUGGAGGAGUGGCGUUGGCAUCAAUGACUGAAGUCUCUUUCAAUUGGAUUGGCUUCAUCACUGCUAUGGCAGCUAACGUUACAAAUCAAUCAAGGAACGUUUUGAGCAAAAAAAUGAUGACUAGUGAAGAGGAAAGUUUGGACAUUAUCAAUCUCUAUGGAGUUUUAACAAUGAUUUCCUUCAUGUUUUUGGUUCCAUAUGCCUUACUUGUGGAGGGUGUCAAGUUUUCUCCUUCAUACCUGCAAUAUGCAGCAAGCCAAGGGCUGAAUGUUAGAGAGUUAUGUGUCAGAGCAAUUUUUUCAGCAUUCUGCUUCCAUGCAUACCAACAGGUUUCAUAUAUGAUAUUGGAGAUGGUGUCACCUGUGACACACUCAGUUGCAAACAGUGUGAAGCGUGUGGUUAUCAUUGUUUCUUCAGUCAUCUUCUUCCAAACUCCUGUCUCUCCUGUUAAUGCAAUUGGAACUGCUAUUGCUCUUGUUGGAGUUUUCUUGUACUCAAGGGCAAAGAGGAUUAAGCCUGUGCAAAAGACAAACUGAGGCACAAUAACCCUUCCAAUGAAAGGACGCACGAGGGGAGAGGGAAAAGUAAAUAUUGUAGACACAUGACAACAAUUGAUUUUUUUUUUUGUUUUCUUGGUACCACCUAUUUAUAAAUUGAAACUCAAUUUUAGUAAAUAAUAAUACAGGAGUUUAAUUGGGGCUCGUAUAACUUCUAUUAUAUGACUUUUUAAUAUAGUAUUACAAAGAGUUUAAUGGUUAUGUA